AUGGACAUGGAUCAAAUAAUCGACGCUCAGCAUGAGCUCUACCUACGCAUACUGCGUAGCGUGGAGAACUUGAAGAAGAUCGGGGCGAGCAAAUUGAACGCCCACACUGUCCAGGCUGCAAUCCGCGUCCUGGACGAUAAAUGGGCCAAAUUCACGGAGCAACAUGAAGAGCUCCGCGCCCACUUCUGGAAGAAGAUCAAGCGGGAGAACACCACCGAGGACCUCCUCAGCAAGGUUGAGACGGCGUAUUAUGGGCAGCGCUCCGAACUCGCCGGACUGGAGGAGCAGUUCACCGAACCUGCGGGGCUCGCCCUCGGCGAGCGGGUCCGAGAGACGGCUCCGUCCCGCCGAACCUUACCGCGGAUCAAUCUACCGCAGUUUAGCGGCAAGUUCGAGGACUGGCCAGCCUACCGAGAUCUGUUCAGCUCCAUGGUCCUAGGAGACGCGUCCUUGACAAAGAUUGAACAGCUGCAUUACCUGAAAACCAGCGUAAAGGGUGAUGCUGAACAGCUGAUUCGCAACCUGCCUUCUACUGAAGAAAACUUGGAGGACGCGUGGGAAUUAUUGACUACGUAUUUCGAAAAUAAACGUUUACUGGUCAGAUCCUACCUGACAGCCUUCACUUCACUGCCGCGAUUGAAGGCCCCGUCAGCCGAUGGACUACGCCGACUAUUCCACGGCGUAUUCACGACAAUCUAUUCGUCCACCUGGUCGUCGAGCUACUGGACGCUGAAACUCGUCGUGAGUGGGAGAGCUCCCUCGGGAGGUCGUCGAAGCCUCCGUCCUACGACAAGCUCCGAGAGUUCCUCCAGGAACAACUGA